AUGAAGCGAGGUGAAAAACGCAAGAACAGCUCCUUCAAGGAUCUUCCUGAGAACAUAUCUGACGACGUUCAGAAAGAUUCAUCCAGCAUUCUGUGCGACAUGUGUACAGGGGACAGGAAAUCGGCACGGAAGACCUGCAUGAAAUGUGAGAUCUCCAUGUGCGUCCAGCACCUGCAGGCCCACCUCACCACACCUGUGUUACUGCAGACUCAUCCUCUGACUGAGCCCAUGGCUAUAGAUGGAAACACUAAAUGUCCCCAGCAUGGGAAGCUCCUGGAGUACUACUGCCUGGAUGAUAAGACCUGUGUGUGCGUUUCCUGCGCCAUUGAAGACCAGCACCGCCUUCACAACAUGAAGACCUUCUCCACAGCCCACAAAGAGCUCCUGGAGAAGCUGAAAGCUGAGCAGAAGGACUUACAGCUGAAAACUGAGGAUGAUAACAUGAGUCUGGAGACGUGGGAGAAGAGUGAAAGAGAGAAGCUGGCACGCAGCAGCGUGCGUCUCAUCGAGGCUGUGACUAAUCUACGGGACAUUUCUCUGACCAGUGUCCAAAGUUCAGUCUCUGCUCGAAUGGUGUCCAUCAGAACCAGCAGGAGCAGCAUGCAGGCAGCCCAGAACGAGAAGGACGCCUUCAGAUUCCUGCAGAUGUACUCUCAGGUGAACCAGGAUGUGGAGAAAGCCAAGUCUGUGGAUCUGAGGAAAGGCUUGGAGCCGGGCCCCAAUCGGGACAAACUGGUUCUGGAGAUAAGACAGAACGGGGAGAAGAUGGUGAACCAAGCGUCCAACUUUUUAGAGUCAUUGUUGACCCUAGUUGAUCCUGAAAGCCACCAGGAUGUCAAUGAUUCUUCAGACUUGAUCUUUGAACCCCAGACUUCCAAUAGCAGCAUGUCCCUGUCCAAAGACAAAAUGACAGUUUUCUACCACAGCUGGAUGGGUCAAUGUUCCGGCAUUUUUCUAAUCCAAAGCACCCAGUCAGUUCACAACUACCAGAGAUGGAUCCUCAGUCUUCCUGAUGAGGGUGAUUGGAUGAUUGGUUUGUGUGAUAAACAGUCUGCAAAUGACCCAAUGAAUGGACCAGUAUAUGGUCUAAGCUGUGAAGAUAACCACCAGAGCUGUGCUGACAAUCAUCCUGGUAAGUCAGCCAGUAGUUCAGAGGCCUCUGUCAAGGACACAAUGUUGAGCCAACUUAAGAUACAUUCUCCAGUCCUCAAAUCUGAGAAGAAGAAUGAAUUGAUGGAUAUACCCCGACCUGAAAUGGUGGAAGUGUUUUGGGACGUCAAAGACUCCAGGCUCUUCUUUUUCAGCAGAACUGGACAGUACCAGAGAGAGGAAGUAGUCAUAAUUGAAGCAACACCCAACAACUGGGAGCUGGUUCCUUUUGUUAAGUUGGGAAAGGAAAAUACCCAGAACACCUCCCAGCAGCAAUGGAAAUGCUCUUGUGGCUACAGCAGCUCUUUCAGAAAUUUAAUUGACAGGUACUCCCGGUCUUGCCAGGCAAGUUGCUCCAACUGUGGAAAAAUACUUAGUGGUCAGUUCAUCACAGAAAUUGUUUGUGAUCUUUGCUAAUUGUUUGUAACAUGAUGAUCAUGACUUUUAUUACCAACUAAUGAGCAUUAUGUGACCUGUGAUUGAUGGCUGUCUGUGAAUAUAUCAACACAAUUACUGGAGGAUUUUGAAAGAUUUGAAUCAUUAUUAUACUUUUCACUGUAGUAAGUUCAUCAUUAUUAGCUUGAUAAAUCAAGACUAAUUUGGUUCGGGAUUUGCUUUUCAUGCCGCUACAAUAAAUAAAAAUAU